AUGGCCCCCAAAAAAUCCAAAGCCAAAACCAAAAAGCCCAUGCUGCUCUCUCACACACGUCCGCCAACGGUCCGACCAAAGGCAGCCUUAUCGGCCAAAGCCACCCGCAACCUCAUCCGCUCUCAUCAUCGGCUGUUGAAAAAGAAAGCCCAGGCCUCUCAGGCGGGCGAUGAGGCCCUAGUCCGCAAACUCGACGCUCAGAUCCAGCGCAAUGGCGGACUGGAAAGCUACCAGCUCGCCAGCAAAAUCGGUCAGUCUCUGGAACGCGGCGGAGACUCCAGUAAGGUCCUGGUGGACUGGAUUGGGCCUCAAUUGGCGCAGCUGCAGGCGAAUGGACUCAAGCUCCGCGUGCUGGAGGUCGGCGCGCUCAGUACCAAGAAUGCGUGCUCGAUGAACGAGUCGUUGGACGUCACGCGUAUCGACCUGAACUCGCAGGAGCCCGGUAUCCUGAAGCAGGACUUUAUGGAAAGGCCGCUUCCUAGGGGUGAUCACGAGCGGUUUCACAUCCUCAGUCUAUCGCUGGUACUGAAUUACGUCCCUGAUGCGCUGGGAAGAGGCGAAAUGCUGAAGCGCUGUGUGACUUUCCUGACCAGCUCGUCCCCAAGUGGCUCUUCGAUGUCUAUCACGCCUCGCUUGUUCCUGGUGCUGCCACUCGCAUGCGUCAAAAACUCCCGCUAUCUCACAGAAAGCAGACUGCAGGACAUCCUACAAAGCUUGGGAUUCGUCCUGGCAGAGUCUAAGGAGACCUCAAAGUUAAUAUUUCAACUAUGGGAGUAUACGGGAGCGUCCAGCCCCAAGCCGUUCAAAAAAGAGCUCUUAAACGAUGGCAAAAUACGCAACAACUUCGCUAUUGUUAUCAAAUAA